UGCACUGGGACCAGCAUUGGCGCCUAUCGCCAACCAGUCGAUAAAAAUUAACCACCGGUUUGGCUAUAUCGACCAAUAAAUUUAUCUACUCGAAUAGGUAUCGCGUACGCAUUUCACUUACCGGUCGAUAAAAUUAUAUCGAUCGAUAUAAUUACAGAUCGAGUAGUUUCGUCACCUGUCAAAUUGGCUUGUCAGCCUAGGGUUGUUUACAAGUCACGAAGCCAAUUAGCAACCGAAAAAAGUGCUGCAUAACAAAAAGUAUUGGAAAAUCAUGCUUAAUUCUUUAUUUUUCACUGGUGAAAGUGAUGAUGCUGAUAAAAAUCUUGCACAACAUCGUAGGGAGCUGCGGAAACAGCUAGAUCCGCUUGAAUUAUCCGAUAAAGCGUAAGAAGAACCUGGAGUUUUGUUUUCUCGUCAAUCGUGUUGAUGUGUGAGCUGUUUCUUUUCUGUUUGUUUAUUUGUUCAUAGAACUUUGAUCUUAAUACUGGAUGAAAUGUUUCUUUUCUAGAUUUAUGCAAAAUUUUCGACUCCCGAAGAGCCUGUUCGAGGAAAUUCUUGCAAAAAUAGCCCCAUUCAUUGCUCGAAAACAUAACCGUGGUUUAUCUGCGGAACAAAAAUUGGCUACUGUGUUAAGGUUUUUUGCACAAGGAUCUUACCAACAGGGUGUUGGUAACGAUUUUACCAUGACAAUUGGCCAAUCUACUUUUUCAGAAACGUUAGAUCAAACCUUAACAGUUCUGGAACGUGAACUAACUUACGCAAUUACCAUGAAUCUAACAGAAGACGAGAGAGCAGAUGCCAGAAGAUACUUUUACUCGAAAUUACCUGUUCCUGGUGUAGUAAUGUGCAUCGAUGGAACCCAUAUAAGAAUCGUUGCUCCUCACGACAACUCAAUCUAUUAUUUCAAUAGAAAGGGAUUUUAUAGUCUUAACGCUUUGAUGAUAUGUGACCACAGGCAAAUAAUCCGUUUUGUAGACGCGAGGUUUGGCGGCUCAGAUCACGAUUCUUACAUUUAUAAUUCCAGUCCGAUUUCUUCAUAUUUUGAAGAAAAAUGGAGAAAUGGAGACCGAAUGUUUAAACUCUUGGGAGACUCAGCUUAUCCUUCGAAACCUUGGCUUAUCAAGCCGCGCAGAAAUGCAGAGCCAAAUAGUCCAGAUUCGUUGUUUAAUGAACAGCAUGCCAAAGCACGUUCCAUCAUUGAAAGAACGUUUGGUUUGCUCAAAGCACGAUUUCGCUGCUUGAAUGGUGAAAGGCUACUACAUUAUACACCGACCAAAUGUGUUCGUAUCAUAAACGUUUGUUGCAUGUUACACAACCUUCUCAUCAUGCAUGGUAUUACCGACGAAUUUAAUGAAUAACGAUAA